GAGGGGAGGGGGGGGGAGAGGCGAGCAGAGGCUGCCGGGAAGGAAGAUGGCGUCCUCGAUCUGGUGGUGCCUCGGCUGCUGCGCGGAUGGCGGCUCCGGGCACAUUCAGCUGAAGGAAAUGCCCGCAGUCCAGCUCGACACGCAGCGCAUGGGAACUGAUGUUGUCAUUGUGAAAAAUGGGAGAAGAAUAUGUGGCACAGGAGGCUGCUUAGCCAAUGCACCUUUGCAUCAGAACAAGAGCUACUUUGAGUUUAAAGUUCAGUCAACAGGCAUCUGGGGAGUUGGAGUAGCUACACAAAAAGUCAACCUUAAUCAGGUUCCUCUUGGCCGAGAUGUACAAAGUUUAGUACUUAGGCAUGAUGGAACCAUUUAUCACAACAACGAAGAGAAAAACACGCUUCCUGCGAACAGCCUUCCUCAGGAAGGAGAUGUUGUGGGCAUUUCCUAUGACCACGUAGAGCUGAAUAUUUAUUUGAAUGGAAAAAAUAUGCAUUGUCCAGCAUCUGGGAUUAGGGGUACAGUGUAUCCUGUUGUGUAUGUUGAUGACAGUGCUAUUUUGGACUGUCAGUUCAGUGAAUUCUAUAGUCCACCCCCUCCCGGAUUUGAAAAGAUUUUGUUUGAACAACAGAUCUUCUGAUUUGCACUACAAAACCAUAAGCAUCUCUGCACUGUUACCUAGCUUCAUUCUGUUUAGAUAUUUUAAUUUCUCUUCUAAACUUCAUCAUAAGAAUAAAUUUCAAUGAAAAUGCAGCAUUCUGAAACCCAGGUUUGUCACAAAUUUAUCAUUUUAAAUUGUUUUAUGUUGUAAAGCAAUGAGCAGUAUUUUGAAAACAAGCAAUGACUUACAAAUAUGAAGUAAUGGACAUUAUGCAUGUAGUUUUCCUUAGAAGCUAAAAGGAUGAGGGCUCAACUAUUGUAUCGGUGGCCUACCCCACGUAAUCAUAUGUUUUCUGUUCAUCACAAAGAGGAAUUGAGAAAUCACUCCUUUAAAAUUACUGUCAAAAGAAAAAUAUUUCAUAUCUGAAUACUAUGUUGUAUAAUUUCUGUGUUUUAGUUCUUAGCCCCAUUAUGUUUUUGUUUUUGGCAGUGUACUCUUUUCCUUUACAGGGACUUGCAUUUUUUUCUUUUGAAUGGUUUCUUUUUAUCUCUCUCGCAGCACACAGUUGUCAACUUUCCUUAUCAAUGUCCUUUCUCUUUUUCAUGUUUCUUGGUCUCUUGUCUCCUCAAAACCUUGUUGCGACUGUCAUUAGUAUAGUUUAAAUCGGAGGUUUACAUAUUCUAACACUCAAAAUGUUAACUAAUUCAGAGAUUAAAAUAUACACCAGUUUGAACAAACAUCAAAAUGCAAAAUGAAAUACCCGUUGAUUAUCAUAACAUAACA